CGUCAACCCCGCAUCCGCUAUCGACGUUUCUUGACCAAUGCCGAGGGUCUUGAACACGGGACAAGGUACCACCAUUCUUUUCGCUCACCUCUCCUCCUCCUCUUGAUACCACGUCGUCCGUCGGCCCGCAUCAGCAUGGAGCCGUCAAAUCACAAUCUGCCUAUAGUGGCUCUGCAGCAGCCAAGCCAUCCAUACGACGACGAUGCUCAGCGACUCGAAGACGAUCCCCUCCUCGCCUCGCUGCCCAGGGGCAGCAGCGCCUCUGGACCUUCUCGCAGGCAAUCAGGGCCGAGUGGUCAUCACUUUGGCUCUCUUGACUCUCCCCUCGGCCAAGAACGUUAUCACUAUUUCCAGCCAGCGCCAAUUGCACGCGACUCGAUCUCGUCAUCGUCAUCGUCGUCAUCAUCAUCUAUGCACCCACCUACCCUUGUACCCUCAUCUGGGCAGAGUGGCCUUCACAAUUACCACAUCAGCGCUCCUCCUGGGUUCCAGCUCGCGCCCAUCACACCGCCUGCUGGCUCGCCUGCUCUGUCGGAUCACCAAGGGCCAAUUGACAGGCGACAGAGCGAGUCACAGGGAGCAGCUACCUCUACUCCGAAUGAUACAGCACCUGCAGCACUCGGAUCAAAAGCUCCUGCCCAACCUCACCUCAAAAAGCAGCAAGCUUGCCUCACCUGCAAAAGACGAAAGACUCGCUGCGAUGCCGUCAGACCAAUCUGUGGAGCAUGCUCUCGAUCUCAAGCCAGAGCAGCUCGAGGUCAUGCCUUGACUGCAGAGGUGCCACCCGGCCCUUGCACCUACCCAGAUGACGAGUCCGCUCAGCCAGGCGGCCCCUCCUCCUCCUCAGCAGCAGCAGCAGCCGCCUCACCUCCCACUCGCCCGACAAAGAAGCAGAAGAGGACGCCCCCCUCAGACAAGAGUGGCUACGGCGUAGAUGACGACGGGCAAACUAGCGCUAGCUCCCAUUCUGGUCCCUCGCUUGCAUCGCAUGAAGAUGAAGCACCGUCCGACUCAAAGACUCAAAGGCUCGUCAUCGAGGUACAAUCAUCGUCCUCGGGCGGGCCAUCAAGGGUCCGCCGCUUCUAUUCUUCGGGCAACAGUCAUCGCUCAGAAGGACAAGACUUUAGUCAUCCAGGAAUGAAUCUCAAUAAUCUAGUCGAUCACAUGGUUGCAUCAAACCAUGGCGUCACGUCGACGGAUGGUACCGAUGCGCCAAACCAGUCCGAUGCCGAUCUCCCCCAGGUCGACCUGUUACUGCGCCAGAUUUGGCCAGAGAUCAGUCCCGAUCUCCCUACUCCUAACACGAUCAGGCAUAUGGCCGAGCUCUUCUUUGCCAAACACCCCUGUCGCCAUCUUUUCUGCAAGCCGACGAUGAUGGCUCGCUUGAUGCUUCCCCCUAAUCACCCUCUUCGCCCACACUCUUCGCUCAUACACGCAAUCCUGGCUGCCGCUGAGCCCUUUUCACCACUCCUACCCAAAAUGAGGGAGACAGACCCACGCGCAGGCCCAAACGGCUCCAUGACUGGGGGCGAUGGUCAGCCUGUCUCGGCCUCGGACCUGGAAGCCAUGGGCCGUGGCUUCGUAGGUCUCUCAAACCCCUUUGAGACGCCUCGUCCCGAGCUCGAACGUGCUGGACGUGGCAUUUCUUUUGGCGAAUUCCACCUUGGCAAGGCCCGACGCGAGGUCGAAGUCGCCCUCCUCACGCAGAAUCAACGACCUCUCGAGUGGCUACAGGCAGGCAUCCUCAUCUUUUGGUGCCUCUUCGAUCGAUGUCGCAUCAUGGAGUGUUUCUUCAUUGCCUCUUUGAUCGUCCGCUCGCUGGCGCCUGCUGGCUUCGACAAGAUGCCCAACGAUCGCAGUCACGCUUCGUGGAACCGGGCCAUCAUCGAAUUGCCCACGAGCUCCAUCAUCGAGUAUGAGCAGAGAAUCGCCCUCUGGCACGUGUACAUCAUCGACAUCUAUGGCGGAGGCCCUCCAAAAUUCUACGAGCCUUGCCUUGCCGACGAGAAGGAGCAGAUCACUACUUCGCUACCGGUGCUCAUGGACGACGUCGCCGACGAGACGCAGCUACGCCUGAGCGACCAGACGCUCAAGAGCGGCGCCGACCUCUUCCGCCGAGGUCACACCGACACAUUCUGCCUGCACGUCAAGAGCGCCUGUCUUCUCAAGAAGGCGCGUACCAUCACCAGUCGACGUGGGCCCGAGCUGCAGCGCUUGCCUCAACCGCCGCAGGAGCUCCUAGACGUCGACAGCAGCAUUCGCGACUUUUUCAAAUCAUUCCCCAAGCGUCAAGGCGUCGAUGUCGACUGGAUCGUAGCAGAGGCAAAUACUUGCGUCGCACGCAUCACACUUCAUCAGCAUUUCGUAGGCGCGGGAUUGAAUGCGCAGUCCGAGUACGGGCGCGGCCCCAUCGAAGGAGCUGCCGAGACGAUGAUGCGCACCGUCCAUCUACUCCUGGCCUCAUCUUUUGAUCUUUCGCUCCUCCACACUCAGACUUUCAUCUGCUGGCUCGUCCUCGUACGAGUUCUCGACGUCAAGGCGAGGAUGCUCAGGCGCUUCUGGCAAAAUGAGGCGGCUGCGCAGGCGACGAGCAGCAUGGAGGCUGUCAUGAUGGCUCUGAGGAAGGCGGCAGAGAAGAGUUGGAGGGCAAAGACUAGCCUGAAGAUUUGCGAAGCGGCCAUUGGGGACGAGUUGAGCGACGAUGAGUUUGCAGACCUCGUCUUCCUAUGGCAGGUCAUCCCGACGUCGUAGCACAUUCAACGCAAGGCGGAGCGGCAAUGUGAUACUCAUUGUGCCACCCUUAUCAUGCUGACGACUUCGUCUCAUCGCUACGCACAGCUGCCAUCCUGACCGCACCGAGCUCCCUGCCGAGCUCUGCCCAUCCCACAUCGUGACUGUCCUCUACCUCGCCCCACGUCUCGAUCUGUGCCUUUGUCUCGACCCAUGCAGCGUCCAUUGCCUCUGCAACGGUCAUCCUGCCGUGCAAGAGCGCCAAUGAAAGGAAGAUGCUCUUUGUCAGGUGCAGGCUCUUCUCGAGGGCGGCGAGCUCGAGGGGUGUGAGCUCGUGGAGGUGGCUCUUGAGCGCAUCCAUGAGCUUCGGCGGCUGUGAAGUUGCGAGAGUGUCAAAGGCGACGCUGGGACGAGUGCCAAAGCGUUCUUGGACCCAGUCGAGGAGCGGAUCCCAGUGUUCUGCUUGAAGGCGAACGAGAGCCUUGGGGUCGGACUCGUGGAAGCAGACGGUAUCGGUGUUG